UCAGCUGUUGUUUCCAUUGAUCUUUCUGGAUUAGGACUUACUGGGACCAUGGGGUACUUGCUCUCAGGUCUUUUGUCUUUAAAGACACUUGAUUUGAGUGACAACAACAUCCAUGAUACCAUCCCAUAUCAAUUACCUCCAAAUCUUACAAGCCUAAAUCUUGCAGGCAACAACUUAAGUGGGAAUCUUCCUUACUCCAUUUCUACCAUGGUUUAUUUUACUUACUUGAACGCAAGCCAUAAUUCACUUUCCCAGUUCAUUGGAGACGUGUUUGUUAAUCUUACUGGCCUUGUUACCUUGGAUCUAUCCUUCAAUAACCUUAGUGGGGAUCUUCCUAAUUCUUUCAGUUCACUGAGCAAUCUUUCUAUGCUCUAUUUGCAGAACAAUCAGUUGACUGGUUCUCUUAAUACCCUUGUCAGGUUGCCUUUGAGUACUCUAAACGUUGCAAAGAACCAUUUCAGUGGAUGGAUUCCUUCAGAACUUCGCUCAAUCCUAACUUUUAUAUAUGAUGGGAACUCCUUUGAAAAUGGCCCAGCCCCUCCUCCGCCCCCAUAUACUCCACCUCCACCUGGUAGCACUCAUUCUAAUCACAAUAAUUCUGGACCCAGUGCCCCUAAAACCCCAGCUUCUGGUGGCCAAUCAUCAGAUUCACAUAAAGGAGUAUCAGUUGGACUUAUUGUGGGCAUAGUUCUCAGUUCUUUGUUUCUGGUUUCCCUCAUGCUUCUUGCUCUUGUUUUUUGCUUCUGGAAGGAUAAAAGGAAUCUAACUGGUGCAAGGGCUUCAAUGGGAAGUCUGCCAGUUGGCUCAAAUGAAUCAACAGCUGAGAUGCAAGAACCCAGGGUAAAAAAUGUUUCUGCCAUCACAGAUCUGAAGCCAGCACCAGCUGAAAACUUGACGGUUGCCAAGAUGUCAAAGAAUGGAUCCUUGAACAGGAUGAAGUCACCUGUUACUGCUACAUCAUAUUCUGUCGCUUCUCUUCAAACAGCAACAAAUAGCUUUAGUCAAGAUAAUAUAAUUGGUGAAGGUUCUCUUGGUCGUGUUUACAAGGCAGAAUUUCCAAAUGGCAAGGUAAUGGCUGUUAAGAAAAUUGACAAUGCAGCAUUAUCAUUGCAAGAGGAAGAUAACUUUCUGGAAGCUGUAUCAAACAUGUCACGACUGAGGCAUCCAAAUAUUGUUACACUGACUGGAUACUGUGCGGAGCAUGGCCAACGUCUUCUUGUAUAUGAAUAUAUAGGGAAUGGAAGUCUUCAUGAUAUACUCCACCUUAUGGACGAGAGCAGCAAUGCACUGAGUUGGAAUGCACGUGUUAGAGUAGCACUUGGCACAGCCAGGGCUCUAGAGUACUUACAUGAAGUGUGCUUGCCUUCAGUUGUACAUAGGAACUUCAAGUCAGCAAACAUCUUACUUGAUGAAGAGCUCAACCCUCACUUGUCAGAUUGUGGUUUAGCUGCUCUAACACCAAAUACUCAGCGGCAGGUUUCAACCCAGAUGGUUGGUUCAUUUGGGUAUAGUGCUCCUGAGUUUGCCUUAUCAGGAGUGUACACUGUAAAAAGUGAUGUGUAUAGUUUUGGGGUGGUGAUGCUGGAGCUAUUGACUGGUAGAAAGCCACUGGACAGUUCAAGGUCAAGAUCAGAGCAAUCACUUGUCAGUUGGGCUACUCCCCAACUGCAUGAUAUAGAUGCACUGGCAAAAAUGGUUGACCCUGCACUGAAUGGCAUGUAUCCUGCAAAGUCUUUGUCACGAUUCGCAGACAUUAUUGCACUGUGUGUUCAGCCGGAACCUGAGUUUCGUCCUCCCAUGUCCGAGGUUGUACAAGCUUUGGUGCGGUUAGCGCAAAGGGCCAGUGUGGUCAAAAGGCAAUCCAGCGAUGAAUCAGGAUUUUCAUACAGGACUCCUGAUCACGAGACAAUCAACCUAUCAUUUUAAGAGUCCUAGCCAGAUUUAAUUUGAAUACAUACAAUUUUGUACACAACAUGAACAUGCAGAGGUCAAGAAACACAAAUGGCAGACGGAAUGAGAGGAACUAAGCGGAUUGCAGGAAGCGUAUCAACAUCAAGCCCUGAAAUAAGUAUGUAACUAAGUUCCACGCUUUUCGGUUUUCUAUUUAUGGUUUAGAAUGCAAAUUAAGGUAUAUAUUAGCUAGAAAUGCUGCCAAAUGUUGUAGUAGAAAAUUAUGCUUUGAGACAUUGGGAUGCACAUUCAUGAUGUUUUUUGCAGCAUAUAAUAAAAAAUUUUGGAUUUA